AUGUUCCCUUCGGACAACAACAAGAGUAGUACUGAUCUCGAAAACCCGCUGGAAACAAACCCAAUAUUUUUCUCCAAUUUCCCCUCCCCUUUUCUGGACGAGGAACUCCCCCUCAACCAAAUCCUCCACUCCAACAAACCCGACCCGAAUCCAGGACCCGACCCGGCCAAAAAGCUGAAAUCGAAGGCCAAUGACAGAAGGAAACGGAGCGGGAAAAAAGACCGUCACAGCAAGAUUUGCACGGCCCAAGGGAUUAGAGACCGGCGGAUGAGGCUUUCCCUCCAGGUGGCGCGUAAGUUUUUCGAUCUCCAAGAUAUUCUAGGCUACGACAAGGCCAGCUGCACCAUCGAGUGGCUUUUCAGUAAAUCCAACACGGCAAUACGAGAACUCAUCACCCAAAAACAAAAUAAUAAUUUAAAUUUCUCCGAGUCGUACUCGGAGUGCGAGGUGGUAUCAGGUGUUCAUGAGGUGAGCUCCAAGGAAGAAGUAUUAAAUAACACAAAAAGGAAAGUGGUUCAAGUUCAGGCUCGUAGCACACGAGAGGCUAGGGAAAAGGCUAGGGCUCGGGCAAGAUGGAGGACAAAGGAGAAGAUGAUGAUUAGGCGGAGGCUCCAGAUCAUGAAUAACUCCUCCCAAUUAUUCUCCACCCCUAAUUGUUAUCAUCAAACUGAAAAUGUGGAGGAGAAAUUAGGGUUUUCGGCCGAAUACCACGAUGCUGGGACGAUUGAAAAAUUGUUGGGAAAUUCGGGAUUCUCGAUUUCCAACUAUGCUUGCCCGGACGAAAAUGUUUAUGAGAGUUAUUGCAGAGAUGGGUUUUUGGGUAAUUGGCAAGUGUUGGGGAAUAAUAAUAAUAAUAAUAAUGUUGACAGAAUAUUUGACUGCAGCGUCACAAAUGAAGGCUCGUCGAUGGCAAGCAAUGUAAGUCCGGGCUCGGCCCAGAAUUUUCUCUUCUUUCAUCAAUAA